ACCGCUUCUCCCAGCGCGCCGCAGCCGCCGUUCCUCGCCGCCGGCGAUCCCCGCAAGGCCGCAACCUCCCCGCCUCCCAUCGCGUAGUCCUCUCCCUCGAGCGGCCUCGCCACCGUGUUGGACUCGCGAUGUCGCCAACGGAAGCAGGAGAGCUCGCCGGGGGCAGCGGCGCGGGCGGAGGGGUGGGGGUGGGGGUGGAGAGGGUCUUCGUAGGCGCUGGAUGCAACCGCGUGGUGAACAACGUCUCCUGGGGGGCCUGCGGGCUCGUUGCCUUCGGCGCGCAGAACGCCGUCGCUCUCUUUUCCCCUUCGAGAGGCGAGAUUGUCUCCACGCUUCCGGGGCACAAGGCUACGGUGAACUGCACUCUUUGGCUGCCAACUAAGAAGGAUGUGCACCAAGUCCGCUGCGCGGAGAGGCACUAUCUAUUAUCAGGAAGUGCUGAUGGCAUUAUCAUGUCAUGGAAGAUUGAUUCUGGAAAAGGAGAGUGGACUCAUGCGUUGCAACUGCCUGUGAUGCACAAGAAAGGGGUCACCUGUCUUGCUGGAAGGAUGGUGUCAGAUACUGUUUCGAUUUUUGCCUCCACCUCCUCAGAUGGAACUGUGGUCAUUUGGAAAAUGGAAGAUGAACCAGCAACUGUUGGCAGCUGCAAAGUGUCUUGUUUGCAUUCUAUAUCCAUUGGUCCAAAGCCAAUGGUUUCACUUUCAUUAGCAGUAUUGCCUGGGCAGGGAGGCCAUCUCAUUUUGGCAAUGGGAGGUUUAGAUCACAAGGUCCACAUUUAUUGUGGGGAUCAGUCAGGCAAGUUCACCAAAGCCUGUGAUCUUAAAGGUCAUUCUGAUUGGAUUAGAAGUUUGGACUUCUCUUUACCUGUGAUGACGGGCAGUGAGGAGCACAGCCUUUUUCUUGUUAGCUCAUCUCAGGACAGAACCAUUAGGAUCUGGAAAAUGAAUUCAGAUGCUGUUUCUUCUGGUCACACGACAUCCAGAAAGGAAGAUAUUGGGAUUGCCUCCUAUAUUGAAGGUCCUUUGUUUGUGUCCGGUAAUACACAUUACCAGGUAUCAUUGGAGUCCCUUCUUGUUGGUCAUGAGGACUGGGUGUAUUCUGUAGAAUGGCAGCCUCCUACACUAACUGGUGAUGAAGCUCAUCAACCAAUGAGCAUAUUGUCUGCAUCCAUGGACAAGAUGAUGAUGAUAUGGAAGCCAGAGAAAAAUACUGGUCUUUGGAUAAAUUCAGUGACUGUUGGUGAGUUAACUCACUCAGCACUUGGAUUCUAUGGUGGCCAUUGGGAGCCUGAUGGAAAAUCCAUUCUUGCACAUGGAUAUGGUGGAUCCUUUCAUAUGUGGAGAGAUGUAGGACUGGGUUCUGAAAACUGGCAGCCUCAGAUAGUCCCAUCUGGCCAUUUUGCACCUGUAUCUGACUUAACAUGGUCAAGAUCUGGUGAAUAUCUGUUAUCAGUGAGCCAUGAUCAGACAACACGCAUAUUUGCUCCUUGGAGAAGCCAAGUUAGCCCAGGGGAUGUGGCUUGUUGGCGUGAAAUUGCUCGCCCUCAAAUUCAUGGGCACGAUAUUAACUGUGUGGCAUUGAUUCAGGGUAGUGGGAACCACCGGUUCGUUAGCGGUGCUGAUGAAAAGGUCUCUAGAGUCUUUGAAGCUCCUUUAUCAUUUUUGAAGACUCUACAACAUGCAACUUUGUUGAAAUCCGAUAAAUCUGAGGAUUUUGACGAUGUGCAAGUCCUUGGAGCAAAUAUGUCUGCUCUUGGACUUUCACAGAAACCUAUAUAUACACAUGGAGCAAGGGAAACUCCAAACAGUAUUUCUAAUGAUGGGCCAGAUUCCAUAGAGACCAUUCCUGAUGCAGUGCCAACUGUGUUCACUGAGCCUCCUGUAGAGGAUCAACUAGCCUGGAAUACUCUAUGGCCUGAAACUCACAAACUUUAUGGCCAUGGCAAUGAACUCUUCUCUAUCUGCUGUGAUCAUGGAGGAAAGCUCAUUGCAUCAUCUUGCAAGGCUCAAUCAGCACCAGUUGCUGAGAUCUGGCUGUGGGAGGUUGGAACAUGGAAAGCUGUUCGCCGCUUGCAGUCUCAUAACCUGACAGUUACACAGAUGGAGUUUUCUCGUGACAAUGCUUUUCUUUUGAGUGUAUCAAGGGAUCGUCAUUUGUCUGUUUUCUCAAUCAGGAAGACAGAUGAUGGAGCAGAGCAUCAUCUUAUUGCAAAACUUGAAGCACACAAAAGAAUUAUAUGGGCAUGCUCAUGGAACCCCUUCAGCCACGAAUUUGCAACUGGAUCAAGGGACAAGACUGUCAAGAUUUGGCGUGUUGAAGAUUCAUCUUCUGUCAAUCUGCUCACAACAUUGCCUCAGUUCCAUGACAGUGUCACAGCAUUGGCCUGGACGGGCCGUGAUCGUGCUCGUAAUGCUGGUCUUCUUGCUGUCGGCAUGGACAAUGGAAUGAUUGAGCUCUGGAACAUCUCAGGAGGAAGAGCCUCCACAGACAACAGUGGUUCAGGUUCAUCUCCGCUCAGCUUUGCAUGCAUGCUCCGUUUUGAUCCUAUGCUGUGUCAUGUGUCAACUGUGCACCGUUUACGGUGGCAGAAAUCUGACUCGUCCGAUGAGAAAUCAGUACUACAGUUAGCUUCUUGUGGAGCUGAUCACUGCGUAAGGGUGUUUGAGGUCCAUGACUUUUAGAUAGUUAUAUGAUAGUGUAGCACUCAGAUCAUGAGCUGCAUCUAGUUAUUGGCAGAACAUAGGCUUAGACAUCUGGAUUUCAUUGCCAAACUGUUGUGUUUGGCAGUUUUUGUGUUGCCAGUGUGUUCCCAGAUAUGUUGUAGUACCAAAAUAGUCUUUUUACACGAAAAUUGUGCUAUUAAAAAGCAUUUUUGUGUUAAUGUGCAACCGUGACAUUAGUUUACUUAAAGACAUGGAACAUUGGUU